AUGCCUUCUAAAAAGAAAUCAAAUCUUUCACAAUACACAAAACAAUGUAUAAGAUCGAGGCAAUAUCGAGCAAAGCGAGUGGCUGAAGAACGUGCAGCUUGGUCAGCUACCGAUGAUUAUCAGGCGUCGGAUGUUACGCACCAUAAGGAUCGUUUAUCCAUUGAUAAUAAUCAACAAUAUAUGGAAUGUGCUUCUAAAAACAAUGUUUCAAACUCUCAAUGUCCUAAGAGUUAA